AUGCUUUACAUUCUUUUAAUCCAUGAGGGAAACCGGUAUCGCUUAGAAAAACUAAGGAAUGUAAUUUUUUGGUUGAUAGAUUCUUAUUUUAAAUAUAAAUCUAUAGAUGCAAUUAUUGCGGAUAUUCCAUUACGGGAUAUUAUUAGAAUAUAUAUUAAUAUGUAUAGAAUGUCAGCUCUUGACUUUCAGUCUAUUCUAUAUAGAAAUGCAAGCCAGAUUCCUGGAAAAGGCAUAUAUUAUUCUCGAGGGUAUAAUAGACGGCAGUAA